UUAGGAGAUUUAUAUUUUCUUUUGUUUCAGCUACAAUGCCGCCUGCUUUCACUGUUAGGGAGAGGGGCAAACAGACUAGGAUCUUGAUCUGUAGACCCACAAUUGAUGGCAUUGUGAAUCGUGCUGUAGAGAGACUGCAGUUAGUGGAAGGGGAGUACAAGGUAUGCAUUGCAGUGAUAGCAUCUUGUGCGAAAUGUGGAGUAGCAAUCUGUCUGUCAAACUCUGCUUCCUUUCAGUUGCUACUUGAAAAUGGGGCUGAGGUUGACGAGGAUGGGGCCCUGGCGGACCUACCGGCUCUUACGGAACUGAUUGUUGUGCCUAAGCAUGAGGAGUUGGACGCCAAUGAAAACCUACUCAUGGUUACGCCUGACAUUUCUGUUGGUCAAACACCUAUAUCAUCAGCAAACUCUACUCCACGUCGCCCACUUCUGGUCUCCAAUGCCAGAAAUUUUCCGUGGAGGGUUUUGGAGGAUGUUGCUGAGACCCUUGCUUCUGGUCGCAUUACUUCUUUUAUCAAGAAAGACAUCAUCCACAGUUUGGCGCUGUACAUGAGUAAUCGUAACGACUUCUCAAGAAAAACAUGUGCCUCCCUCACUGAUGAACUUAUAGAUAAAUAUAGUGACGCAUUUCAAAUAAGAGAUGCAGAUGGUGACAUUUUAAGUGAUGGAAGAGCCUCAUUUUUUAACAGUUUGUAUGAGAGAGUCAAUUUUAUUAAGCCAAAUGGAAAGAAAGAGAAGAGGAAGAGAAGAGAAAUAGAGUUAGAGAAUGAAGAUGCUGAUGCUGUAAAAAAAGUUUUACUGAAUUUUCAGUACUUCCAGUCUGAAGUUUUUUUACAGACCAGUAGUCUGAAAAUUCAGACUGUACUCAGGUCUGAAAUUUCAGCAGUGCCUUACCAUACCACUUAGUCUGAAAUUUAAGACAGCCGGUAUGAAAAUAUUUUUGAAAAUGUUAAAAAUGAACCUAUAGUCAGCGACUUAACACUUGUUGAGGUAGAGGGUUAUGCCCAAGUGGAAGACAUCUUUCUAUUUGGUACUGCCGUUGGUUGGGAUCGAACUACCAACCUUCGGGAUAGGAAGCCGCCACCGUAACCAUUCGGCUGCAGGCUACCUGCGUGGGGAUCAGCGUCGGCUACUGGUGUACUCGCUCCGCCUGCCCGGUGGACUUCCCAUAAAACAUUAAUACCGGUAACUCUGAAUUAAAAAUUCAGUGUAAAGACUGAAAAUAUACUUCAAAAAUUUCAGACAAAUUGCUCUGAAAACCUGAUUCAGAGUAAAAAGUCUGGAUUUUCAGUCUAAACUCAGAAAAUUUCGUGUGAUGGUCUGAAACCAAGAUUCAGAGUGCCAAAUCUGAAAAACAUAUACUGAAUUUUCAGAAUUUUUUUUACAGUGGACCCAAGUUCCAAGUGGCCUCAUACAUGUAGUGAUACUCUCGACUCAUAUGGGUGUGUUGCUUGGCAACCCAAAAUGAAUUCCACAGAUUCGGAAGCAAACUUUGAAAAAAUAAGGAUUGAACUGAUGGAAGUUACUUCAGAGCCUGAGGUUUUGAACCUGAUUGAGAAGUCUUACUGGCUACAGCGCCACCACAUUAACAGAAGAGCUGGAGGUAUUCAUCCUAUUUUAAACAACUGGCCAGCCUUGAAGUCUCCUACUCCCUUCCAAGCUCACAGCAGCAAGCUUCUAGGGAAGGAUGUCAGGAAGACGUGGGCUGACUCCUCCAACCGCUUUCUGAUCUUGUACAAUUAUUUGUCGGACUAUGCAAUUACCACCAAGCAGACCUCAAGCAAUAUGGAAUUGUUGACAAGCUUAAACAAAGUGCGAAAUGAGGCUGAGGAGGCUGCUCAGAGUAUGGAAAGCCAGAGACCAUUGGUAAUUGCUGCAUUUUUAAUGCUUAUUAUCUUCAUGAAGGAGGAUUCUGAUUGUCUUUUGAAACAAGUGGAUCCGGGCACCAACCUUGAUGAAAUUAAAACUUCAGCAGAGGUAGACAGGCCCCUUCUGAUCGUCAGAGGGAGGUCAUUGUUUGAUCCUAACUGCGAAUGUUUUGUAGCUUGCGAAGGAGAGAUAUUGAUUUCUACUAAAGAUUUAGUUGAAGCAAUAAAGCUCCACUUUCUCUCAUUUUAUAAUUUUAAUUUCCAUUACCCAGAGAAAGGAAGAAAGUUUUUGGAGUACAUUCAAAGGGGCAUUUUCAAAAUUAAUCCUGAAGCGGCAAGAAGGGGUGCAAAGGAAAAGCGUAGGGUUGGGUUUGACCCCUUGGUCAGGAAAACAAUAAUGAAUCUGGACAAAUUUUAUCAGAGGACCAAGAACAUUCAUGUCGUUAACAGUUGGUCUGCCUUAUGAUUUUAUUUUGUUUUUUUUGUACAAUCCAAUGGAAUGCUGCCUUAUAAUUUUUUGAAAUGCUUCCUUUUGCAAGGGGUUUUUACGUGUUCUUUAAUGAAAUUUGACAUAGAGCUGCUGGCUCAAUAUUUUAGAAUCCCAGGCAGCCAAGCCAAGAGCAGCUACUUUUCCUUCAUUUGUAAGGAAUUUUUAAAUCACUUUAAGUAGAAGUACUGAUUUUAAUUUGACAUGGAGUAGCUGCCUACUAUGUAUUUUGGAGUAUAUCCAUAUAUUUAUGCUAAGUGCAGCUACCUUUCCUUAAUUUGCAAGGAAUUUUUAUUGUGUUUUGUGAAAUUAGAAAUUCUGAUUUGGCAUUUGUUCUGUGAAUAGAGCCAGAGAACAACUUCUGUU